AGGGAGGCGAGGCUGAAUGCAGCAGAACUCCAGUCAAAAGUUGUGAUCACUACAAGAAAAACAAAAGGGAAGCUGAAAGUUCAAGCGUGCCAACGGUGUUGGUCUUGAACCAACUACAGACAAGAAGACUGCGAGGAGGCGUCAGUGGAGUAGAAGGGGCAAAAGAUUACUCAAGGGGGAGAUAAAGAAACAGACAGAGAGAGAGAUGCAUGGAGGAAGGGGAGGAGAGACCGUGUGUUAAGCUGAAGCGUGGGGAGGAAAACUGGCGGACUGAAAGCAGGUGACGAGUGUUGAUCGAGCACAAGGCGAGAGGGAAGGUGAGGAGCACUGCGGGUGAAGUUCGCAGGAGGUGAGAAUGAGGGGACGUCUCCUGAAGUCACUCUUCUCUUUGGGGAUCGCUCUCUUCUUUUUGGGGAUUCUGCUGACCGCUCUCGUCUGGUACAAUGGCAACAAAAAUAACGUGGAAACUCAAAAGCAGUUUUUUCAAAAGAAAAGAACCCCUCCGCCUUCUGAACUUUGUAAAGGCUGCAGGCAGGUCAUCGACAAAGUAAGAGAGCGUUACAAUAAAACCUGGAUUAAGCAGGUGGGCGAUUACCUAAAUUUCAGAUCUCAGCUGAGCAGAAAGUGCCAUGGUUUUGACAGUGCAUUCAUCACCCAGGACAACACCCCAGUGGGAGCAAAGAUUGUGUAUGAUGGAGAAAAGAAGCGCACCCUCCAGGUGACCCCGGAGAUUUUCAGCACCUUCCCAAAGGAGCAUCCAUUCCCAAACAAAAUAUGGGGAACAUGUUCUGUUGUUGGGAACGGUGGGAUCCUGUCCAACAGCAGCUGUGGAAAGAUGAUUGAUUCAGCCGAGUUUGUUAUGAGGUGUAACCUACCUCCCUUGGACAACGGCUAUGAGAAUGAUGUGGGGAUUAAGACUGACCUUGUGACAGCAAAUCCAAGCAUCCUCAUUAACAAAUACGGGUCUCUGCAACAGCGUCGGCGUCCGUUUGUGGAAAGUCUGCGUAGCUAUGGCAACUCUUUGCUGCUCCUUCCCGCCUUCUCCUACGGCUUCAACACGCCUUUGUCCCUGCGGGCCGUGUACAGCAUUGAGGACUUUAAAAGCCCCACCCGGCCUGUCUUCUUCAACCCCGAGUACCUGGAGAGUUUGGGCCUCUUCUGGCGCUCCAGAGGCCUAAAAGCAGCACGUGCCAGCACCGGCCUGAUGAUGGCGAGCUUGGCGCUGGAACAUUGUACCGAUGUGCAUCUUUAUGGGUUCUGGCCCUUUGGUAAUCACCCCCAGGGACUCCAUGCGCUGACUAACCACUACUACGAUGACGUACAACCUAAAAACACAGUCCAUGCCAUGCCGGUUGAGUUUGAAUUCUUGUUGCAGCUGCAUAGUCAGGGGGUGCUCAGGCUUCACCUGGAAGAUUGUCAACCAGGUGAAAAGUAGUUCCCAAACCCAGCAGAAGGGCCGGAGAGAAGUGCCUCGAUUUGUAGCCCACUCGCUUAUAAAGUCUUUCAUUUUGAAUGAAUGGACAGAUCUUUUUGGGCUCAUGACAUGUGUCCAACCAAGGUGGAUGCUCACACUUGAAUGAAUGCUGAGUUGGUCGAUGAGCAGUAAAGAUAUUUGCACUAAAAUCAAACAAUUAUAAGAAUUUAAAAAAGAGUUGCAAUGGUUUUAAACUGUAUGUAUUAAGAUAGAUUGCAGCUGGAGUCUGGAGGGAGACAAUUUAAUGCACUUGAAAAUACCUUGUCCCUUGUGGGACAUUGUAGUGCUUUGUUUUGGAUCAAACUGAAUGUAUUUAUUAGAAAAUGUGAUAUUUCCUGUUUGUUUGAUUGUCCUUUGAGGCAAACACUGGGUGUGUUUGUAUGUGUGGAUCUGCCCUUGGACAGUGAGGCACGGGGCCCAUGUGGGUGUUGAUGUAAGGGUGCAUAUGGGUGAGUGCCUGGUGAUGUGAUGUGUGUGUGUGUGUAAUAAUUUUUACAGUGUCUCGACCUUGUUGUUAUAUGAUGAAGGUGAUUGUAGUGGCCAUUUGUCCUUGGGAUCAAUAAACAAUUGUGUCAAAGGGCCA